AAACUUUGAAUCCGCCAUCUUUUCUCGACACUUUUCCUCGCCGCGUGUGGGUCGUUGUGCGACGGGUUAAAAACUUAUUUCCUUACAUCACUAUCAGGUUCCCAUUAUUGAUUGACACUUUGCGAAACAGUCAUGUGGGAAGACAAUUUAGGUAAAGUCAAGGCAAGACGGAGCAAAAAUUCUAAACCAUACGAAAGACCAAAGUCAAUUUUAAGACGAGUAACGGAUUCGGUCACCGGAUUAUUGCCACAACCUUCUUGGCUGGUCAAUUGGUUGCAGUCAACAUCUCCUAAGAAGGAAGAUGAUGAAAAUGAAGAAGUUGAGCAGGAACAACCUGUGCCGUCAACGAGCUCAGCAAGCAAUGGUGGAAGUAGUUCUUACCAAGAAGGAGUGGAAAGAGAAUCCUUCAUAUUUCGCCGACCCCCAGGAACAUUUAGAGAGCAAAACAGUGGAAGAGCCGUUCCAGAUGUUCCUGCCUUGGACUUGUUUCCAGAGCCAGUUGUAGUUGAAUCAACCUCUAGGGAACAAUUAGUUCAGACAAAUGGUGAUGAUGACUCUAACUCGGAGUCAACUAGUGGGUGUUCCUCUUUAUUACCCCACCCUGAACAUAAGAGGGAAAACAGAAAUGUUGGUGAACCUCUCAGUAUAAAUCAAUCUUCAUUACAAAUUAUUGGAAGCUCGUUGAGCAAAUCUUUAGCUGUUGACCUCAAAACCAACCGUGGGCGUAAAACCCUUAGCCUUCACACAUUUGGUCAAGAAUCAAAUUUGUCUGUCAAUGCUACAGAAGAAUCUAGAUUUCCGAAGGUUAUAGAUGAAACUGCUGUCUCCUUUUUUGACAAAGAAGAUACUUCACUUAAUCGCUCUGCAAACAAACGAGAUAUUUCACUUCCUCAGUUAUCGUCUUUUGGUAGCAAAAGGCCACGUUUCAAUGUAACUUCCUUUGGCCCAACCGCUGCCGAAGCGAGACGGUCGUUGUUGAACGAAAGUGUUGUAGACUCGCCUUUUUAUGCUGGUAGAACGACUUACGGUGGAGCUUCAGCUUAUCGCCGUGCGGCCCUACAACCGUCUACCACAUUAUUCCCAUACGUACGGAAUCGAAUUCAGGCUAGACCUGCAUCCGUUUCUUCAGCUCCACCUACUCCAAGUGGUUCUGUUUCGACAACAAUGUCAUCAUCUAAUGUGGUACUCAGUAGCUCAGCACAACGAAUUCUUCAAGCGCUUGAAGCGAUGUCUACACCAGUAAGAGAUGCGAAGAGAAUUCCUGCAACAUCCAUCAGCAGACGGUCGGUUUCUUCGCACGACGACGAACUUUCUUUUACCGGAUUCGGUUUAAGCCGACGACGGCCAAAUUUGGGACCUCCAACGUCCAAACUAUCUGUUGGUACUCCGGCACAGAUCGUUGCCCGACAAGCGCCAACAAGUAUCCAUCCGCUAGAAUCAGCGGCAGUCUCGAGUACCCCCAUCAGCACACAGGCUGGUGGGAAGAUGCGAAUGCGAACGUCUGCCCCUGUUCGUAAAUCAGCUCCCCGUAUUCAGGAGGACGAACACAAUGAAAUAGAAGAACUCGCAGCUGUUCCGAUGCCCCUCGGUUUAACUAGUUUACCUAGCUUCAGUUUGCUACCGUCACUCUCGGUGGCACCAACACAAACCGUUGCUUCCUCUUCAGUGAAAACAUUAGCGUCUGCAGGAACCAGUUCUAAUGGAUUAGUUAAUUCCGCUGCGAUAAGCGUUUCAGUUUCUCGUCCAACUUUCACAUUUUCGGCGCCCUUGGUUACGGUCAGCUCAUAUGAAGUAGAAACAACGACAAGUUCGAAACCGCCUAGUUUCAACUUUAGUUCUCCCCUACUUGUUAAGCCUGCUACUGGAAAGGCAACCGAGAAGGGGCCUGUUCGGGCGAUGGAAUUAAACUUGAAAUCAGGUAGUGUCCUUGAAGUCCUUAAAGAGAAAACUCAAGAUGUAGCAUCUGCAACAGAAACAGCCACUUCACAGAUCCCAGCAACUUCAGGAUUUGGAGAGAAAUUCAAACCGCCCACUGAUUCAUGGACGUGCUCUGUCUGUUGCGUUACAAACCCUAAAAGCAAAACUUCAUGUCUAGCAUGCGAAUCUCCUGCCGUGGCAUCGAAACCAGCAAGCACUGUACCUAUUGCCCCCAAGCCUACCACAAGUGGGUUUGGCGAUCAAUUCAAAAUGGCCUCCACUCAAUGGGAAUGUUCAGUUUGCAUGGUCAGGAAUUCGGAUACAGAUAAUCGAUGCAAAUCUUGCGAGGAACCUCGCCCGGGAACUAAGUCUGCCGUCGCUCCAUCUGCGGUUUCUACUUUUAAAUUUGGCGUCCAACCGGCACAGACAAGUACCAAGUUUGGAACGGAAUCAUCAUCAACUUCGUCCCAGACAACAGGAUUCUCGUUUGGAUUAUCGAACAAAAAAGAAGAUUCUUCUGCUGGAUUCAAAUUUGGCGUCCCACCUGAGGUCCCAAAAGAAGUAAAGGAAACUCCCGGAUUUAAGUUUGGAAAUACGAUUGAACCCAAGAAAGUAGAAUCGGUUCCUGUUGUUGCAUCCAUUGAACCGGCCAAAACUGAAAAAGGCGGUUUCAAAUUUGGUGCAUCAAUCGAGCCAAGCAAAACAACCGCGGAACCAAUUCGUGGAUUCAAAUUUGGAAAUGAUAAGAAAACAGAAGAAACAAACGUUACCACCCCUAUCGUGUCUUCUGAGUCUGCUUUAAAGCCUAUCCAGUUAUUCGGUUUCAAAUCGUCCGAACCAACAACAAAUAAAGCAGAAGAAACGAAUAUGGUAGGUCAAAGCUUGACCUCAGAUUCUUCGGCAAAAUCUGAAACAGAACCACAAAUCUUUAAGGUCCCGGCCCUCGUCCCUCAGGUAGCGACAGGGAUCAGUGCUGCAGCAACUACUACAACCCCAGCCUCCAAAGCGAGCCCCAUUUUUAGCUUUGGUACAGCACCUGUUGUUCCGGCUCCCAAAACAUCCUUACUUGAAACGGGCAGUGUGAUGGACAUCCUAGGGAAAAAACCAACGGCUCCCUUGGUCGUUGGUCAGACACCUGUCACCUCGGCGCCCACAUUUUCGUUCGGAGCAGGAGAUCAAGCAAAGACUUCAUUUUCGUUUGGCAGUGGAGAAAAAUCUACUCUGAAGCUGGGAACGGGGACCACUGGAAAAGAAGCGGAAACUUCUAAAAGUUCAUUGUUGGCACCGACCACAUCAUCGACCUCUUUUAAUUUUACUGGAGCUGCUACUUCAGCAUCUUCCGAAGCGCUGUUCAAACCUACUGCAGCCCCCACUUUUAAUUUUGGUGGUCCAACUACCUUUGGCGGUGUGGCUGCAAGUACAGCAACCACUUUCGGUGUUCCAUCAACGACUGCCACGUCUUCGGCGUUCGGUAUGAAAACUGCCGGAACGGUCGCAACAGCUUUUGGUUUACCAUCAGCAACUACUGCACCUGUAGCUUUCGGUGUGCCAGCCUCAACAGCCGCCCCGACGACGUUCGGUUUACCAGCGAUAUCGACGGCUGCUACAACUUUUGGCCUGCCGACUACUUCGGCCGCCCCGACAGCUUUCGGUUUGCCGACCACUUCUGUCGCCCCAACAACUUUUGGAUUACCCCCCACUUCGGCAGCUCCGACGGCUUUCGCUUUACCCACCACUUCGGCCGCCCCGACAGCUUUCGGUUUACCAACCACUUCGGCUGUUACUACCGCUGCAGUUGGAUCGCUGGUGCCGUCAAGUUCUAGUUCCAUUUUCACGUUCGGUUCAACCACAGGAGCUACUACGACGUCGUCGUCGUCUAGUGGGUUUUCGUUUGGCCUGGCACCCUCAUCUUCGCAAGCACCAUUCAGUUUCGGAGCCUCAGCACCACCGCCGUACCAAUUUCCUAAAGAAACACCAAAACUUUCCAGCAGCAGUGUUGGUGGAUUUGGAUUUGGCGGGCCUGUAACAGCAGCAACGACGUCGACGACACCAGCAGGAAGCGUCUUUUCUUUUGGAUCUGGCAAUGUUGCAUCGGCGGCCGCAGCAGCAACCCCGUCAGAGGCACCUAAAUUACAGUUUAGCUUUGGAACGCCUCAGGAAACAGCAACGUCUACGGCUCCUAGUUUUGGAUCUUUUGGUGCCAGCGCCACUACUAAGACCACAGCUGCGCCAUUUAUGGGUUUUAAUUCGUCAACGUCUUCUACCCCGGCAUUCGGUGAAAUGGCUACGAAAUCUUCUGUUACUCCUUUCGGAGCCACGCCAUUUGGUACUUUACCGCCAACAGGUUUUGGAGCCGCCGCCACUUCCUCAUCUUCCGCGUCUCCAUUUUCAUUUGGUGCCCAACCUUCCGGUGCCACCGCUCCUGCUCCUACCUUCAAUGCCGCAUCUAGUUUCAAUUUUGGGGCACCCACCGUCGCAUCUCCUUCUGUAGUUCCACAACAACCGACUGGUCUUUUCCAGUUUGGAACUGCUCCUACACCGGCGGUAAAUUCGGGUUUCAAUUUUGCCUCGUCUCCGGGAUUCACAACACCUGAUGCUCCGUCUCCCGGAUUUGCUUCCGGUUUUCAUGGAGCCAACCCUUUUGACAACACGGGCAGUGCAGGUGGGCCCAAUCGCAAAAUUCGCAAAGCAGUUCGACGACGAUAAGACAGCCCAUUGGGUAACCCGACGAUUAAGCGCUACUUGAUUCUACAAAAAUGUUUCUUUUUUCGAUGUAUGUAUGUGUGUGAGAGAGAGUAUACGUGUAGGUGUGGAUGAAAUUCCCAUAUGUAAUUACUUCUUUUCCUCUUUUUCUUUUUCUUUUUUUUUUUUUUCCCCCUUCAUUUUUCUUCAUUUUUCGAACUUUUUACAAGUGGCACUGAACUUGCUUUUCACAUUCUAAUUCGGGGCCAAUUGAGAGCUUCGAUGCUCUUAUUUUUUUAAUAUUAAGAGGGACACGUUGUUGACCCGUUGUGAUUUUUCUGUACAGUAAAUGCGAAAUUAGAUCAAUCUGGUUUCUUAUUCUUGGCUUACCGAAAGAAUGUGCAUGGUAUUUUCUAUUCGGCCGAUUUUUGUCUACACUUCAAAUCUCUUUACCAGGGGUUGAAUUUAGAAGAAAAACGCUAAAUCCAACCUCUCAAUUCUCUGGCUUUUUUCUUACCUAAACAAAUUCACAUCUAGAAGUUGUCUCGCAGACUGGUUAAUUUCUUCUGAAAUGUAGGAGAUUAAUUGAUAGUGUCGGGAGUUUUUACUUUACGUGGAGUUGAAAAGUUUUGUAAGCUGGAAUGACUCUAUUAAAAUAAAAAUGUAUCUCCUCUUCUUGCUCAGUGGCUUCUUAUGGAAUCCAUGGCGAUGUGAACUGAUGUUAUUAUGGAAACUGAAAAGCGUUCCGACUAGUGCUCUUUCAAAUAAACGACGUUCAUUUGUGA